GUGUUGUUCGACGCCGCGAAUAAGCAGAAAGGUAGGGUAUUAACCACGUGAUACUAUGUAUGUGCCUGAGGAUGAGUAACCUUAUUGUUCUUGCAUUUCUAGGUACCUAACCUCUAUCUUUACUCUGUAAAUUCAAAUUGAAAGACAAAUCCAACGUCUUCCCAGCAGCCCGGCAGAAUCCCAGCCCAGUUCGUAAAGAAUCUGUGACUCGCAGAAACUAGAUCCUCUGCUACGGGGGGAUACUUCCGCCAUGGCACAGCAACCGACGUAUCUACUUGCACCCAACUUCCACUUCAAGCCCGGAACCGGCCCCAUCGCGCUAGGCAAUAUCAUCGUGGACCCGCUUCGACCGCACCGAGCACUGACGACCGUAGACGCGAGCACGCUAGAGGCGACAUACCCGCGCGUCGAGAGGAUACUUGACCAUAACCGGAGCAUGACGCGCGGGAGUAGCCGCGAAAUGUCGAUAGCCGUAUGGGCCCAGUUCGUGCAGACCGUCGGUACAAAGGUCUCGGGAGAACGCGGCGCCAGUAUACGCAAUCACUAUACUAUGGAUACCGUGGAGACCACGUACUUUGUCGCAGAUCCUCCGCUGGAGGAGAUCGAGACCCGCCUGAAGGCCCCGCGUGUUCAGGCUGUCAUCAAGGCCGGCAGCAUAUUCGCCUUGCGGCAGCCGGUUUAUAUGGUCACAGGCUUGAUGAUUGCAAAGGGCUUCUCAAUCCUUCAGGAGAGCGGGUUGCAUAGCACUGGUGUGGUGGAAGUCAGCGGCAAUGCUCCCACGCCCGCUGGCGAUGUCGGGUUGGGAGCCAAUCUUGCCAAGUCCACCAACACUGACGAGAGUGACACAUGGAAGGCAGGCGAAGACAUUGUGUUUGCCUACCAGCUCCUUAAGAUCGAGAUUAAGGGCUGGAAAGGGACAAAAAUCAAGUACGAUGAGCUUAGGCACAAAGCAGCGUAUCUCAGCAAAGACGAUGAGGAUGAUGACGAGGACGACGAUAAGGAGGAUGAGGACGAGAUUACGGGACAUGUGACAACAAGUGUAGCGAGCGUGAAUAAUAUAUCCAUUUCCCACGGCAUAGGUGGACUUACGACAAUGCAGUUGGGAGAGGGCGAGAGCAAGAUAACAUGUAUUUCACUAGACGAUAUGCAACAUAGUAAAGAUUAAGGAAUCAACCCCAAACUACCCUAGGUAUCAAUAUAUAUCA